AUGAGCGCCACUGCCUGCUUGCAACAACAACCACCACCAACAACAACAUUAGGAUCUCUUCAGUGGCCACCAGCACUAGACCCGUGGAUUGUAUUUUCUACCAAACGUAAUGGGAUGACACGACGUCUAAAUGGAGCAAAGUUGUAUUUGUUGAACCGAAAAUCUCAAACGAACUUGACCUUUCAGAUUGUUCAUACCAUGGGAGGACAGGUUACUCGGGAGAUGGAAGAAGCAACCCACGCAUUGUGGAUCCAAAAUUCUCAAGAAGAAGAUUACACCCAGAAUAUUGAAUGCUCCUUGGCCCGAUCAUUGAAUAUUCCCAUUGUCGAUGCAAACUUGUGGUUGCAGGCAGUGACGAACCUUCGAGAUGACCAACACUGGUCUGAAGUGAAUUGCGAGGGAUAUGAACCCAGCAUCAAACGAAGAGACUUGCACCUUGUGGAGUCACUGUCGCAGACACUACAAGUACUGUCCCAAGAGGACCCGAAUUUUCUGGAAGAGAAUGCUCUCAAGCGUGCGUUGGAGCUGUCACUAUUGGAUUGUGCUUUAGUGGUGCGGCAAGGGAAGGAUGCACCAGUCAUGUCAAGAAAGAAUAAUGAAACGGAGACACCCUACCAAGUGCUGGGCGUGGACAAAGCUGCAAGUCGUGCGGAUAUCAAAAAGGCGUAUCGCCGUUUGGCCCGAAUUCACCAUCCCGACAAGGGCGGAUCGGCCUCCGAUUUUGAAAGGAUUGCUCGAGCAUAUCAGUCAAUCCUUGUUUCCUCGACUUCUUCCGUUGUGGAGAAAGGUGGUGGUUCGUUGAAGAGCACAGCACAUUGGGAUUCGGAGUUGAAGGAUCACCGUCGCCUCGUGCAAGAGUUGUUCACAAGUCAUGGGGCCAACUUGGAUUCUAACAUUAGCUCCCAGGUCAAGGUUAUGACAAGUCUUGGUUUACAGGCAGUCGAUGCAGGCUCCAUCAACUUCAAUGAACAAAAUCAGAAGAUUGAAAACUCUUGUUUCUACCUCUCGUUGGCGACAUCGUACUUGUCUGGGAUUGGCGCUAUGGACAAUAUGGACGAAGACAUUUACAUGUUGCGACAAACGGCACUAUCAUUUAAGCGGUUCAUUGAAGCAGCAGUCGUGGCUGCUCAUCCAGAAUGGGUAGCGUCUGGACAAGUUGGUGAACAUGUGCAAGCCUUCUCGGAUUUUUUGGUGUACUUGCUCGAUUCUCGGGAUGCCAUGAUUAGCGACUGGGCCAUUGUCAUUUUCGACACAACCUCCGGUGUCUGUGACAUUUACAAGGGCAAGUAUUACGAGAAGAUGUCAGAGGAGGGAAAGGCUGCGAACACCUUGACCAUUCAAUAUCUACCUGGUCACUAUCAGCCCUUGCUCAUUGAUACUCAUGGAGGAUUGUUGCUUCGACCGAACCUUGACCAAAUACUCAAAUCCUUAGAUGAACAUGGAGUUUUGUACGUUGUUACUGACGGCAGCGCCUAG